GGCGCGGGGGUAGGGCACGGCGCACGGCUCUAGCCAUGGUCGUGGACCCGGAGGUGGCGCCGUGCGCGGGCACGCUGCCCGAGUCGGCGGACUCGGGCGCCGCGAUCGGCGCGUGCGAGGUGAUGGACGAGCCGACCUGCCGUACGACUUCUGUAUGACGUGUCGGUGCUGAGCGACGUCGGCGUCUCGCAGGACCCGGCGCUACGUCACAUGUGCUGCCAUGCCGAGUACCUGGCCGUCUUCACGCGCACGCAGCACUUUAUCAUGCGCGGCGACGGGCCGCUACCGUUCGACGUACGCCACUACAUCGCCAUCAUGGCGGCCGGCCGGCACCAGAGCUCCGUCGUCGUGGACCAGCUCAAGGACGAGUUCCUGACGAACGGCGGCCAGGCUCAGUGGCUGGACGGCAUCCACCUGGCACCGAAGAAACUGCGCGACCUCAACGAGGUCAACAAGAUCCUGGCCCACCGGCCGUGGCUGCUGAACAAGGCGCACAUCGAGCGCCUGGUCAGAGGGCGCGACAACUGGAGUCUGGGCGAGCUGCUGCAGGCGCUCACCAUCCUGGCCCACUAUCACGCCGUCUGCUCGUUCGUCCACGGCUGCCGCGUGUUCAGCGACGCCCCGGAGGCGUCGACAUCACCCGCGUUGGGGACGCCUAACGGCGUGAGGCCACACUCCAAGUGCGUGAGCUCGCCACCGCGCGGCGUGCCUGUCGGCGAGCUGAUGCAGAAGAUGCAGACGCUGAGCCAGCAGCAGAGCUCGGCGGCGGCGCUGACGGCGGCCGAGCGCAGCGUCAGCUACGACCGGCUGGACGCGGACACGGCGAUGCUGCAACCGCGCCUCGUCGGCGGCGACGACACACGCCUUGCCAUCGACGCCGACAAUGUAUGCGAGGACUUCUCGCGGCGUGGCGAGACCAGCGCCGCCGCCACCUUCAGGGUGCAGGACUACAACUGGGAGGACCACGGCUUCUCGCUGGUCAAUCGACUGUACUCGGACGUGGGCGAGCUGCUCGACGAGAAGUUCCGCACGGCCUACAACCUGACGUAUCAGACGAUGGGCUCCUUCCGCGCGGUGGACACCAGCCUGUUCAGAAGAGCUGUCUGGUGCCACAUUCAGUGCCUCUUCGGCAUCAGGCACGACGACUACGACUACACCGUGGUGAACCAGCUGCUGGACCGCAGCCUGAAGGCAUUCAUCAAGACGGUGUGCGUGUGUCCGGAGCGGCUCGAGCCGGCAAAGCUUCGGCGGGUUAUGGACGGCUUCCAGCUCUCAGAGAAGGUUCAUGUGGCAAUCCUGUGUCUGGAGGCGCGCCUGCAGUCGGAGCUGCUUUACGCCCUGAGGGCGGUGAUGUGCUACACCACGUGAUCCAGCGGCCGGCGCGCCCAACCGGGACCGCAAGCUUUAGAGGACGCGGCGGCGGACCCGCCCUCCCGCAGGCCCCGAUGUCCCCCAGCCUCUCCUCGGGGCCUCCUGCGUUCCCUCCCACCGCUUCUCGGCAUCGGGAGACGGUGGCCAGCACGCCGGGCGAGCUGGCACGGACGACCGUACCGGGGCGGCCAAGCGUCGGUCUGGCAGCCAGCGGUGACCCUGCCCCAGCCGGCGCCGCCGCCGGACCAGGCUGGUCGCCGUCCGAGCAGGAGCCCCUCCCUCCCCUCCCCCGCACCGUGCUGCUCGCUGUGAUGCUCCGUUCUAGGCCUGUGAUGCUGUGAGGCCAACUGCGGACGGGGCGUGGCCGGCGCGGCCGGCGGCCCCGGCCCGGGCCGUGCUGACAAUAGUCGGAUAGGAGCCGGGCCGGAGCGGGCGGGACCGGCCGCGAGC